AUGCACAAAAGCCUUGAAACCUGCUGGAAAAAGACAGAUCAAGAUGCACUUAUUGUUGCAAUUGUUGUGAAUCCAUAUGUGUGCAACAGUGCAUUUGACACUACUCAUGUUGCACUCACCCCAAAUGGGCUGUAUGCUGCCAUGAAGUGGCUGUAUAAGCAGUUCCACAAAGGUGCAGAGCCUGAUUGUGGCUUUUUGUCAUAUCCCAUAUGCCAGACAUAG